CCGGAAAUGUUGUUAUUUACAGCUGAAACUGAAAGUAAAGUAAAGUCUAGCGGGAGAAACGGCGUUAGCAUCAGCAUGUCGGUGAAGCUUAUUAGAUUUUACGUUUUUGAACGUUGUUUUCCUCUCAGUUGAACGCUGUAAAUGUAAAGCUCAACAUGGAUCUUCAGAAGCUUAAUGAGAUUGACGAGGACCUGAUAAGUGAUGAAGUGGCUCAGCUGAAGUUUCUAUGCAUGGACCUAGUUCCUAAGAAGCGAAUGGAGACAGUGAGGGAUGCCAAAGACCUCUUCAUUCGCCUUGAUGAGCAAGCACUGUUUCACGAUGGGCUACUUUUGCCUGAGCUUCUGAUGACAAUUGGACGCUUUGACUUGCUUGCCAUCCUGAACACAUCGAAAGAGGAGGUGGAGAGGCAUCUGCUGGAAUGUGUCCCCUCUCGUAAAGGUAUCUCAACCUACAGAAAGAUGUUAUUUAGAUUAUCUGAAGACUUGACAGCAGAAAACCUUCGUAAUGUAAAGUCCCUUUUGGACCUUCCAGAAGCAAAGCUUGGAGCAUCUACUUCAUUUUUAGAUGUAAUGAUUGAGAUGGAAAAGGAGCAGAAGCUUGGGGAAAAAAACCUGGAUGAACUGCAAAAAAUCCUGUUUGAAUGUCACGAACAGCUCGCCUACAAGAUUGAGGAGUUCAAGAAUACCCAUAGAGACCUGGAGCAAGUGGGAGGCAGACAUCCUCUACAAGAAGUAUCUAAUCUAAUCACCUCCUUUCCUAAUCAUGUAGAGAUGGAGAUAGAGCUUGGACGGAGAAGAGGCGCUUCUGUGAGUGGGCUUGCUACUGAUUCAAAUACUCCGCCAAGGGAAGAGGAGCAGGAUUUGUAUUAUUCCAUGACCCAACGGCCUUUAGGAUACUGUCUAAUCAUCAACAACUACAACUUUGAAAUAAGGUCCUCAUUUCGCAACCGUACAGGCACGGAAAAGGACAAAGAGGAGCUCACCAGAGUGUUUCGCAAAAUGCAUUUUCUGGUUGAGUUGCGGGAUGAUCUGCAAGCCUCAGAUAUGCAAGAUUCCAUAAAGGAGUUGGCAGGGAGGGAUCACUCUUUUAUGGACGCGUUUGUCUGCUGUAUCCUCUCCCAUGGAGAAAGAGGCACUGUGUUGGGCGUAGAUGGCAAAGAGGUUGCAAUCCGUGACCUCACACAGCCUUUUGCUGCAUGCAGGACACUAACAAGCAAGCCCAAGCUUUUUUUCAUUCAGGCCUGCCAAGGUAGAGAGGCCCAGAAAGGUAUGUGGAUGGCAGAUGGACAGGUGAACACUACAGAAGAAGCAUACGAGGAGGAUGCUCGUACUGUACCACUCCACAGUAUCCCUAUAGAAGCUGAUUUCCUAAUUGGAAUGGCCACAGUGGAAAACUACCAGUCCUUCCGCCAUGUCAGAGAAGGGUCCAUCUAUAUCCAGGAGCUCUGUAGACAGCUGGAGAAAUGCUGCCCCAGAAAAGACGAUAUCUUGUCAAUUUUGACGAAGGUAAACUGUGAAGUAAGUUCUAAAAUGUUGAAAGGCCACAAGCAGAUGCCUGAACCUCGGUAUACCCUCACCAAGAAACUGGUCCUUCCUAUUGACUGAAUCUGUCUGCCUGCGACAAAACAUUGCUUUUAAUGACUGUAUCCAUGCUGGUGAAUUUUCCAUUUCUCCGAAUCUAGAACUGUUUAAGGGGAAGGUGAUAGCACUUUGGUGGCAUGGAUUAAUUUUCAUUUUAGUGUCUCUCUGGUGUUAUUAAAAACAACUAUGAGCCAAAGUUUGCUCAGGGUAAUAUUUUUUUUUUGUAUGUGAAAGAUGUUGGUUAAAGAGAAAACAAAGUAAAAACUUUAAAACACAUUUAUAUUUGAUACCGAGCAUAAAGAUUUUUUAAACUAAUAUUAGAGUAAUGCAUAUAUUUUAUACCAGCAGUCUAAAUGUUUUGGAUUUGAAUGCUGUUAUAAAUGCAGAUAAUAAUUUCCAUAAAUGAAUAGUAAGUCUUUAAAUUGUGCAUGUAUUGAGAAUAAAUUAACAAAACAUCCUAAAAGAAGUCAUAACUUUUUUUUUUUUUAAAUAAUGUUUCCUGCAGUCGACUUUUAAAUGUCUUUUUUAUUAUUAUUUUUUUUAUCCAAAAACAAUAACAGUUUAAAUGAUUUAACCCACAUGUCUGGCCCUUCUAUGUAGACUUCAAUGUAAAUGCCUUCUGUUUUACUCAAGGGCUGUAGGUUUGCUGUCCGAUUUAAUUAGCAAAACCUGACAUGAUAUUGUGAAAUGUUUGGGUUAAGUUUCUGAACUUUGAAAAGGUAUUGUUGACGUGUCCAUGUCUAUCAUUUCAUUAAUUUGUGUUUAUGACAUAUGCCAAUUGUCCUGUUUACCAUAUGCUUUGAAGCAUAUACUGUAUGUAUUAAAAAUAAUGGUUAUUGGAUAAGAAAGCUUGAUCUUAAGACAACAGAAUGCUAAAAAGAGGAAGUUGUGAUUUAUGCUUGAACUUACAGUGCAUCCGGAAAGUAUUCACAGUGCUUCACUUUUUCCACAUUUUGUUAUGUUACAGCAUUAUUCAAAAAUUGAUUAAAUUCAUUAUUUUCAUCAAAAUUCUUCAAACAAUACCCCAUAAUGACAAUGUGAAAGAAGUUUGUUUGAAAUAUUUGCAAAUAUAUAAAAAAUGAAAAGAAAUCACAUGUACAUAAGUAUACACAGCCUUUGCCAUGACACUCAAAAUUGAGCUCUGGUGCAUCCUGUUUCCACUGAUCAUCCUUGAGAUGUUUCUACAACUUGAUUGGAGGCCACCUGUGGUAAAUUCAGUUGAUUGGCCAUGCUUUGAAAAGGCACACACCUGUCUAUAUAAGGUCCCACAGUUAACAGUGUAGAGCACAAACUAAGCCAUGAAGUCCAAGGAAUUGUCUGUAGACCUCCUGAGACAGGAUUGUAUCAAGGCACAGAUCUGGGGAAGGGAUAGAUCUCCAGCAUUUCUCUGUGGAGUGAGGAAAACCUUCCAGAAGAACAACCAUCUCUGCAGCACUCCACCAAUCAGGCCUGUAUGAUAGAGUGGCCAGGCGGAAUCCACUCCUCAGUAAAAGGCACAUGACAGCCCACCUUGAGUUUGCCAAAAGGCACCCGAAGAACUCUCAGAACAUGAGAAAUAAAAUUCUUUGGUCUGAUGAAACAAACAUUGAAAUCUUUGGCCUGAAUGGCAAGUGUCAUGUCUGGAGAAAACCAGGCUUCGCUCAUCACCUGGCCAAUACCAUCCCUACAGUGAAGCAUGGUGGUGGCAGCAUCAUGCUGUGGGGGUGUUUUUCAGCGGCAGGAACUGGGAGACUAGUCAGGAUCGAGGGAAAGAUGAAUGCAGCAAUGUACAGAGAUAUCCUUGAUGAAAACCUGCUCCAGAGAGCUCUGGACCUCAGACUGGGGCGAAGGUUCAUCUACGGUACAACUUUGUGAAUGUCCUUGAGUGGCCCAGCCAGAGCCCAGACUUAAACCUGAUUGAACAUCUCUGGAGAGAUCUGAAAAUGGCUGUGCACCGACGCUCCCCAUCCAACCUGAUGGAGCUUGAGAGGUCCUGCAAAGAACAAUGGGAGAAACUGCCCAUAAAUAGGUGUGCCAAGCUUGUAGCAUCAUACACAAAAAUAAUUGAGGCUGUAAUUGGUGCCAAAGGUGCUUCAACAAAGUAUUGAGCAAAGGUGUUUUUUUUGUUAUAAAUUAUGCAAAUAUUUCAAACCAACUUCUUUCACA